AUGGCAGAAGCAGAGUUGCCGGGCGUUUUGGUUCUGGAUAUAGGAGGAACUCAUGGUGUGCUAGAAAACCUUGCAGCACUUUUGAAGAAACACUUUCGCCUUAUCACCAUGAAGGAAUUUCUUGAAAACAAAAAAGAAAUGAGCAAAAAAAUCCAGUCUGUUUUCGUGUUUGAGUGCAGGCCAACUAUUGACCGGGAGCUUCUAGAAAGCCUGCCAGAUUUAAAGGUAAUUGGAAACUCUGGGGUUGGAGUCGAUCACUUAGACUUGAAAAUGAUUUCCAACUUUGGUGUAAAAGUGACCAACACCCCACAUGCUGUGGCAGACCCAACAGCAGACAUCGGAAUGGCCUUGAUGCUGGCCUCUGCCAGAAGACUGGUGGAAGGCUGCCAGAUUGCGGUUUCUCCAGACACAAGGUCUUUUGCUGUUGACUGGCUGGGAGUGGAAGUAACCAGAGCAACGCUUGGCAUCAUCGGGAUGGGCAGUAUUGGGUACAAAGUGGCUCAGAGAGCCAGAGCCUUCGACAUGAGGAUCCUGUACCAUAACAGGAACCGGAGAAGAAAGGAGGAGGAAGAGGCAGUCGGUGCCCACUACUGUGAGAAGAUGGAAGACUUGCUGCAGCAAUCUGACUUUGUUAUGUUGGUUGUGAACCUGAGCCCCGAGACUCACAAGCUGAUUGGGAAAAAGGAGCUGGGGCUGAUGAAACCCACAGCUGCUCUUAUAAACAUCAGCCGAGGUGCAGUUAUUGAUCAAGAUGCAUUGGUAGAAGCUCUCCAGAAUAAGGUUAUUAGGGCUGCUGCUCUGGAUGUGACAUACCCUGAGCCUCUGCCAAGAGAUCAUCCUUUAUUAAAAUUAAAUAACAUCAUCAUAACCCCUCACAUUGGAACUGCAACGGUCCAAGCUAUCCAUGCUAUGGCAGAAGAAGCAAUAGCAAACAUGCUGGCUGUUCUCAGUGGCCAACCCAUUCCAAGUGAAGUGUUUCCUAAAUGAGGUGUGCCAGCUGACAUCACUACAUCUCCUAUGUAUGGGAAUGCACUAUUUCUUACAGUACCACUUUUU